CUGGAGGACGGCUGAAGUCCUUCCAGCCCCACUUACUCACCGCGGCAGCAGCGACACCUCAGUCUAAGUUCCGCCGGGAUCGAAAGCCCAGGGCCGGGGCUGCCCCGCUCUGGGUGAGGGGGCGCCGGGGGGCCGAGGGGGCCGGAGGCCGGGACGAGUGCAAUAUUGGCGGGGGAAAGAACAACACUGCACCACGUCCCGUCCCUCCCGCCCGCCCGGGGUCCCGGAAUCCCGCUCCUUACCACGUGGGCCUUUGGAACCCAGGGACUGGGGGCGCUCUGGGGUGUUGGGGUCAUCUUAGAGGUACACCAGAGCCUGGGCGCCCGGAAUGGUAAAGGGGAGGGCGAAAGAGAAAGGGUGAGGAGAGAAGGGUUCCCCCGGUGCUCGGGAAGGCCACUUUCCGACGCUGAAGCAGUGCGCGCGCUUGCUCUUUAAAUACUGAGACGGAGAGGCGCGGAGCUAUUGCCAUGGUGACAGGUAUCCCAGCAACCGAAUUGAAUGGCUGUUGCCUGGCAAUUCUAGGAGUUGGGGUUUGGGGCCGCCCACCCAAAUACUCGUGGGCGCGCUGACGUAGGGCAUCCCCACGCUGCCUGGAGCCGGCCUCACAAAAUCGCUCAGAGGCACGACAAACGGCUGGAGCGUGGGUCCCAUGCCUCCGUUCAUGCACCUCCGAAAUGCUUUCUAAAGUAUUAGCUUCCGUUUUAUAUUCGUUGGGACUAAGAAUUAUUUGCCUACUACAGUUGUAACUGCUCCUGUUGGUUUACACUGCAACCUACACCUGCAGGAUCUGACCUGGUACCCUCAGUCCGCAUGCUGCUGUGAACCGAAAGCCCUCCCCGUCCCCAACUAUUUCUUGACCUUCAGAAUACCUCUCCUCCCUAAAUACACACACGAGUUUGCCUUGCACCAUGUGCCUGUCCGUCCCAAAUACCCUUCCUCUCCCAAAUACAACUCUGAGCUCCCAAAUUCCAUGGUUGCCCCAUCUACUCUCUGCCUAGAUGCCCGCAAACAACCUGUCCCACUCCCACAUUCUGAUGUCAUCACACAACUUGAUGCCCCCUUCCACAUACAUUGGGACCCCGUUCACUUAGCAUCAUUUCCCCCAAACACCAACCCCAGAAGUCUGAGUAUCCCAAGUAAUGAUCCUUGCUCCUCCACCGCACUGUGCAUUCCUUCCGAUCUGUCCUAGGCAUUGAUCCUUUUCGUUAAGGCCCAUCAACGUCCCUAAGAUCCGUGUCUACUUGGGCUGUGCUGUCUAUGUCUAGCCUUCUAACUUGGCCGGUGCGGGCCGGUCGCGCGAUGCUCCCCGCUGACCACUAGAGGGCACGCGUUCCCGACCAGAAGGACCCGCCAGCCUGUCACUCAAGGUGGAAAGUUGGCCAGGAAGGACCUCAGGCUUCGGUAGAGCCCCAGUUUUCUCCUUUUUAAGUGGAAAUUUACUCCCACCGCCUUUCUCAGAAGCAAGCCAAAGAGGGACCCAGGCUACUGGAAAGUCUGGCAGGGGCGGAGACUGUGGUUUUCAGAGUACAGGGAGUGGCUAGAAGGGUGGGGCUAUUCCGGGAAGUGGGUGGGGGGAGCGACCUGUCCACUAUUAUCCAGCCCCCUUGUGUCCUCUAAACCUAUGGAAAGCAGGUUUCAAGGACCCGCAGAGAGAACAGGAAAAGGGAUGGGGGACCUAGGGAUGGGUUUCUCUGGGCUCGAAGCCCGGGGCCUGUCUGUGCUGCCCUUCCUCAGCUUGGCUCUUGUUCUGGGGCUUAACCCAGAGCCAGGAGGUUCCAGGUUUCCUCCACAUACACACAUGGGGAAGUCAAGAACUGGUUUGUAAAAGGGGGAGGCCAAUUGGAGAAUAAACAGGUUGUCAUAAGGUUGAGUGAUUGGAGCCCAAGUACCCUACACAGGAAUAGUUGGGGAGGAGGAGGAGGAAAAGAUAGGGGAGGGGGCGGAGUUUUGUUACCUGUCACCUGCUCUAGCUGUGCGGGAGGGGUGCUGGUAUAAAGCGGCAGGCACCAGAGCUGCUCCAUCGCACACACGCAGCACCCGCCUUGAGUCUGUUUCUGCCCCCUUCCCGCCUGCUCACCACCACCAUGACCCCAGGCGUCCGGGCUUUUUUCUUCCUGAUGUUACUUAUAGCGCUUGUAACAGAUCAAAACAGUGUCACCUCAUCUCAGGAUACCAACAGUUCCUCAACCUUGACUACCACUCCAGGUUAUGGUGGUGCCUCUACCCCGGCCACCAGCUCUACAGUGGACUCGGUCACCACUCCAGGUCAUGGUGGUGUCUCUGCCCCGGCCACCAACUCUACAGUGGACUCGGUCACCACCCCAGGUCACAGUGGUGUCUCUGUCCCUGCCACCAACUCCACAGUGGACUCGGUCACCACUCCAGGUCACGGUGGUGUCUCUGCCCCAGCCACCAGCUCCACAGUGGACUCGGUCACCACUCCAGGUCACGGUGGUGUCUCUGCCCCAGCCACCAGCUCCACAGUGGACUCGGUCACCACUCCAGGUCACGGUGGUGUCUCUGCCCCAGCCACCAGCUCCACAGUGGACUCGGUCACCACCCCAGGUCACGAUGGUGUCUCUACCCUGGCCACCAGCUCUACAGUGGACUCGGUCACCACCCCAGGUCACAGUGGUGUCUCUGUCCAGGCCACCAACUCUACGGUGGACUUGGCCAGCAUGCCAGUCCACAGUGAUACCUCUGCUCCAGCCACUAACUCUACAAUGGACUCAGCUACCACUCCAGUCCACACCGGUUCCUCCAUCCAAACCACCAUGGCUAUAUCAGGCUCACCCAACACAGCCAACACUCCAAUCCACAAUGGCUCUUCGGUUCCAACUACCAGCCCUGCAUUGGGCUCAGCCACCAGUCCAGCCCACAGUAGUGCCUCAUCUAUGACUAAUAGCUCCGAAUCAGACUUGGCCACCACUCCAGUGUACGGUGGCACCUCAGUCUCUACUACCAAGGCUACUUUAGGCUCUACCAUCACCCCAGUCCACAAUGGCUCCUUGGUGCCAACUACCAGCUCAGCUACCACUCCAAUCCAAAAUAACAGUUCUACAAUGGCUGCUACAACUCCAGCUGGCAAUGGUACUCAAUCUCCAGCCCCAAGCCAGCAUCCUGUUACUCCCACCACCCUCGCAAUCUCCGGCAACAGCACGGUCCCCCUUAGCACAGCGCUUUUCCCGGCCUUCUCCAGGAAUACUUCGCCCCAAGUGUCGCUUGAGGUGUCCUUCUUCUUCUUGUCCUUUCAUAUUGGGAACCACCAGUUUAACUCUUCCCUGGAAGACCCCAGCUCCAACUACUACAGAGCCCUGAAGCGGAACGUUUCUGAACUGUUUCUGCAGAUUUUUAACGAAGAUUUUCUGGGGAUCUCUGCUAUCAAGUUCAGGUCAGGCUCCGUGGUGGUGGAGUCAACUCUGAUUUUCCGGGAGGGUGCUGCCAGUGCCUCUGAGGUGAAGUCGCAGCUUUCACAGCAUGCAAAGGAGGCAGAAGACUAUAAUUUGGCUAUCUCCAAAGUCACUGUGGAUGAGAUGCAGUUCCCUUCCUCUGCCCAGUCCUGGCCUGGCGUGCCAGGCUGGGGCGUUGCCCUGCUGGUGCUGGUCUGUGUUUUGGUUGCUUUGGCCAUCAUCUAUCUUCUUGCACUGGCAGUGUGUCAGUGCCGCCGAAAGAACUAUGGGCAGCUGGACAUCUUUCCAACCCAGGACACCUACCAUCCUAUGAGUGAAUAUCCCACCUACCACACUCAUGGGCGCUAUGUGCCCCCAGGCAGCACCAAACGUAGCCCCUAUGAGGAGGUUUCUGCAGGUAAUGGCGGUAGCAACCUAUCGUACACCAACCCAGCAGUGGCAACCACUUCUGCCAACUUGUAGGGGACCUGUCACCACCUCAGGGGCCAGCGGUGGCAGUCUGCCCCCUCAGUUUCCACUGCUAGACCCCUGCGCUCUGAUCUGGGCUGGUGAGCCGGAGUUCUGGUAGGCUGCUCACAGCCUUGCUGAGACUGCCAAGUGUCUCAGCCAUCUGAGCCUGGUGAAGCCCAGCUCUGCCCUGGGGGAUGCCCUGGGGCAGGGGUGCAGUGGUGUCUCUCAGGACUGGCCUAGAAAGCCUGGAGAUGGACAUGGGAAGCAGACACAGUGAAUAAAAGGGGCCUCCUGUUAGUUA